AUGUCCCUUCCGAUCCCAAUUUACUUCAUCCUUUUCAUCUUGCUCAAUGUAGCAGGCAAAUCCGAUUCGGCAUCCUCGAAAGGAUUUAGUCUAAGGCUUUUGCCUUUGUUCUCUCCCGAAUCUCCCAUGUAUCCUGGAAACCUUAGCCAAUUAGAAAGAAUUGACAAAUUGGUUGAAAUGUCUAAAUUGAGAGCAAAGCAUUUAGCGUCCAUGUCCGUUUCCAAUGCUUCAGUCGGGCCUGAAAAGAUUCAUCUCGAUGUUUACUUAAGCCGCUCCUUGUACUGUGUGGAAAUAUUCCUCGGAACCCCCAAGAAGUCACAGUUCCUAAUAAUGGAUACAGGUAGUCACCUCAUUUGGACACAGUGCCUACCCUGCAUAAAUUGCUUCAAACAAUCAACUCCUAUAUUUGAUCCCAAGUCUUCCUCUACUUAUCAAAAGAUCCCCUGUUACCAUCCUCUUUGUACUCAGCCUUUCCGAUGCGUAAAUGGACAAUGUGUCUAUGAAUCUACCUACGCAGACGGAACAACUUCAUCUGGUGUUCUCUCCAGCGAGACCUUCACAUUUCCAGACAAAAGCAGCUUCACUGAAUUACCAAUAAGGGUCUUCGGCUGUGCAAAUGACAAUAGAGGUGCCCAUUUCUCCUCCAUAAGCAAGGUUUCUGGCGUCCUGGGACUAGAUACAGGCAAGCUUUCAUUAUUAGGCCAAUUGGGAGAAGCUGAUCGACGCCGCUUCACAUAUUGUUUUGUCCCUAGUAAUCCCUCCAUGGAAGCUACAAGUAUCCUGAGGUUUGGCGAGGAUGCUAGGAUGCAAGGCACAAACUUCAAAACUACCCCGUUCGUUCGUCAAAAAAUCUCAACCCAUUUCUAUCUGAAUUUGGAAGACAUAAGCGUUGGGGGUCGUCGCAUGGGCUUUACUGAGGAAACAUUCAGCCUCCGCAGAGAUGGAAGCGGGGGUUGCAUCAUUGAUACAGGGAGUGCAACCACUCAUUUGGCGAGAGAGCCUUACAACACUGUUACGCAAUAUUUUGAUGAAUAUUUCACAGGACACGGCCUCCACAGAGUUGAGAAUAUACCCGUGCUGGAAUAUUGUUAUCAAUACGUCCCAAAUUUUGUAGCAUAUCCAUCGAUGACAUUCCAUUUCCAAGGGGCUGAUUUAGAGGUAAAACCUAAAAAUGUGCUUAUCUCUGACGGCACAAGUUAUUUCUGCGUAAGUCUGCUACCGUCCGAAGGUGUAACUGUUAUAGGAGCACUACAGCAACAAAAUACGCGGUUUCUCUAUGAGCUUGACACCAAUAGUCUCAAAUUUGCUCCUGAAAAUUGUGCUAACGACAGACUGUAA